UUCCGAUAAUACCGCGCUUCGACUUCAAAUAUAAUUUUCAAUAUUUCGCUUGCGAAUUGAAUUAGUUAAAUGCAACAGCAUUUCAUCUAAUUACUUCGUUUAUUUUUUUGUAUAUUUUAAAUUUCGCGCCGUCGUCUCAUCGCAUCCGCAACUACAAUACAGCCUCUCUCCGCCCCUGCCACCUACCCACCCCAAAGUAAAAAAUAUUUUAACUUAAACAACAAAAAAGCCCAAACGAAAAAGACACAAGAUCUAAAUAAAAGCAAAAGAAAGAAGUGUUUGUGUAUUGAGUGAGAGAGCGAGAGAGAGAGGAGAGAGCAGCUGCAGCUUGAAACAUGUUUACCGAGGAAGGCAUCUUUCCCAUAGGCGAUGGCCUGCUGGACGUUGAUGCCGAGCGCUUGAAGGGAUUACUUGUGUCGCAUGACAUCAACGAGAUCUACGAGGUGGAACAGACGCCGUUUGCCAGGGGCAAAUUCGCGGCAGUUCGUCGCGCGAUACACAAGAAUUCCGGUUCGCAAUUCGCUGCCAAAUUCCUAAAGCGACGCCGACGCGCACAAAGCAGCGACAAGGAGAUCAAGCACGAGAUUGCAGUCCUGAUGCUCUGCAAGGGCGAGGACAACAUCGUCAACUUGAAUGCUGUGCAUGAGACGCGCUCCGACACGGCGCUGCUCCUGGAGCUGGCCACUGGCGGCGAGCUGCAAACGAUACUGGACAACGAGGAGUGUCUUAGCGAGGCGCAGGCGCGCCAUUGCAUGCGCGAAACGCUGAAGGCUCUGAAGUUCUUGCAUGAUCGCUCCAUAGCCCAUUUGGAUCUGAAGCCGCAGAACAUUCUGCUGACGGGCGAGCGUAUUGAGGAUGGCCUCAAGUUGUGCGACUUUGGCAUCUCGCGCGUCGUCUGCGAGGGCAUCAAUGUGCGCGAGAUGGCCGGCACCCCGGACUAUGUGGCACCGGAGGUGCUGCAGUACGAGCCGCUGUCGCUGCUGACGGACAUUUGGUCGGUGGGCGUGUUGGCCUAUGUGUUGCUAUCGGGCUUCUCGCCCUUCGGCGGCGAUACCAAGCAAGAGACCUUCCUCAAUAUCUCACAGUGCGCCCUGACCUUUCCCGACAAUCUCUUUGGCGGCGUCUCUCAGGCGGCAAUCGAUUUCAUACGUCGCGCAUUGCGAAUUAAGCCAAACGAUCGCAUGAAUGCCGCUGGCUGCCUGGAGCAUGUCUGGCUGAAGGACGAGUGCUCUUUGAAUAGGCAAAUCUAUUUGCAAGCUCAGCACGAUGCAGACUUUGUGCAGGACGAUGAGGACGAAGACGACGACGAUGAUGAGGAGGACGAAGAGGAAGAUGAUGAUGAGCAAGGCAUAAAAAAUGUCUCUCAGCAGCAGCAACAGCAACAGCAACAGCAACAAAAUGGCACAACAACAGCAGCAACAGCUGCUGCUGCAACACCAGCCAGCAAAGCCACUCACAAUGGGCACAGAGCACACUCCAGCUCGAAGAUACCAAUUGCCACUAGCCACAAGCUGAGCCCCAGCACAGAGACAACAACGGCCAUACACACACUGCCCCAAGCGCUGACCAUGUCGCUGGCGACAAAUGCAACAAAACCCACGCAGAUUGUGACACCGAUUCGACGCGCCUCCGAUUCGGAUAAGGAGAACACAUACACGGCGACGUUUGUUAAGAAGCCGAUGGCCAGCACGGCCACCAUUCAGAUUGGAAGCAAUGGACUCGAGGAGACGACAGUGAUUGCCACAUUGGCGCUAUUCCCGGACGCGCCGACCACACCUAAAGUCAUACGCAAGACACCCGCUGCGGAGGCCAGUGCGGCGACAUCGGUCAAGGCGUUGGUCAAGAAGUUUCAGCUGGACGAGCUCGAGGCGCACAACAGCAACGCGAAUAGCAAUUUGGCGUCCACAAUUACGCAGCUGCAGCUGCAGCAGCCCCGCAAAUGCUCAGUGCCCAGUAUUGCGAUGCCAACGAGCAGCAGCAGCAGCAAUAUGCGUCGCAGUAUCAGCGGCACUGCCAGCAGCAGCAACAGCAGCAACGGCAGCAACGGCAACGGCAACGGCAGCUGCAACAAUGUGCGACGCGCCUCAGAGCCGCUAACCGCUGUGCACAAGAAGCAGCAUAAUAUCAGCCCAAACUCCAUUUCCAGCAGUAACAGUAAUACCAACAGCAACAGUAGCAACAGCAGCAGCAGCAGCAGUUCAGGAUCCAGCAACAAUCCCAGCGGCAGCGGCAGUGGCAGCAGCAGCAGUAGUGCAGGUGGCAGCAGCACGGCGUUGCUAUUGAACGGACGUUUGCCAGCGGCAGCUGCAGCGGCAGCGCAUCAUUUGCAUCAUCAUCACAUGCACCAUCAUCAUCAUCAUCAUCAUCAUCAUGUGGUGAUCGCUGCCAAGAACGCCGCUGCCGCUGCCACCAACAACCUGAGCUUGGACCAGGGCAUCAUCUGUUAGCUAAGGGCCAAUCGUGUGCGCCGCAAUGCCAAAAGUUUCUUUCACCGCUUCCUUUGCUGCAUGUAGCAGUGCCUCAACGUGUAGGCGUGGUCAGCGCCCUAGCUGCCGAUUGCCCACCAGAAAGAGAAGGAGGGGGCCUGGAUCAGCUGCCAGCAACUGUGGCAGCUGCAAUCCCAACGUCGACGUCUACGCGUGUGUUGCGGGAAGUUUUGUUUGAUUUUGAGUUUCUUAGUUAAUGUUAUUAGCGUCUAGUUGAUCUAAAUAGAACACCACCCACACGCCCAUACACUUACCACUACACGCCCCACUAACCCAGCCGAUUUCCCAAGUUACCCCAAAUACUGUUAAGUUGAUCUGGAAAUAUAUAAAUAUAAAUCUACAUAAUAAUUACACAUACACACACACACACAUAUACAUAUAUAUGUAUAUAGAUAAGUACCCAUGCGUAUGUAGAUGAAUAUCGAGUAUUUCGUAAGCUGUUGCCGUUGUCUUUGGCAUUAUUGUGUCGGGCCGCAAGUGGAUAGCGUUUAGAAGAACGAUGAGCGAGAGGGAGAUAGAGAAAGGGAAGGAGAGAUGAGUAGCAAAAGGGAGUCAGAGAGAGAGAGAGAGAGUGGGAGGGAGAGGAAGAGUUAAAGGUUGCAACGUAUUGGCCAAAUUGCAAAUUGCAAAUUGCAAUUAUCUAAAAUAAAAAAAAUAUAUAUUAAAUAUAAAGAAGAAUGAAAAGAAGAUUUGAGACAUAUCAAUCGUUGUGUUGUGCGUGACUCUGUGUGUGUGCGUGAGUGUGUGAGUGCGCGGGCGUCUGUGUGUUAGAGUCGUCAGGCAACGCUUAACGUGUUUCAACGAAGCCAAUUCUGUCAAUUCUGGAAACGUCUGCAUAGCAUAAAUUAUACAAAUUCUACAAAUUCUGCCAACUAAAGGGAAACACGCAGCAAUAUUUGUUGGGGUUUGUGAACAAAAGAGUAUCUAAAUGUCUGUUUUCCUUUCGAGUUGGAGUUGCAAAUCGUCUAUACAUAUAUACAAUGUUGAGCGCCAUUCGGCAAUUGUUUGUUACAUAGUUCAGCAUAAUACAUACAUACAUUACUUAUAACCAAAUGUAUACAUUAAACAGAUUUUUGCAUUAAGCACACUGAAUAUGAAUACGAAUAUGAAUAUGUAGUUGGAGUUGAUUGUUCAAGCGUUACGCAUAUACAUACGAUACAUAUAUAUAUACAUACAUGCAUACAUUUAUAUAUAGAGAGAGAGAGUGUUAUCAGCUUAAAUGAAAAUGUUUGCAAAAGAGAAGAAAGGCGAAGCGAAUCGAAUUGUUAUCUAUGUGCGUGUUCAUUACAUAAUGUCGUCUAUAUGGCCCAAA